AUGCGUUGGGAUAGUACUGCUGAUGCUCAGGUAAAUUGCGCUGCCGCACCCCUGAACCUCGAGCGUCUUUAUGCUAAUACACCGCACCAGCUCUUCAUGGCCGUGCUUAAGGUACACAGCCCAAAACUGAACCACGAAGCUAUCGCCAAACUCAUGGGAAAUGGUUGUACUGCAAAGGCCGUAAGCCAUAGAAUUUCUAAGCUAAGGAGCCUGGGAGGGGAUGUGGGUUCUAAUUCCACAAGCUCUGUCCCAAAUACUCCUACAAAGGCGACUCCAACCAAACGGAAGCGUAGCGAGAGGGAGGAUAUUCUUACGAUAAAAAAGGAGCAUGUUGAGAGGAGUUUAGAGUCAGAUGCUGGAAGUGAAACAUACAACAUCGAUGCCGUAGCCACAGGCUCUCCGAAGAAGAGGAGGCGCCAGCAAAAGGUCCCAAUUACACCAGCAGUUACAGUUUCUUUUGCCUCUACGAACCCGGAUGUUGACCACCAAUCCCCACUUACGACCGCAAGUUUCUAUGAUUCGUCUGAACAACAAUCGCCAUUUACUGAGAAUGUCGAAUUUUUACACUCCUUUGACCCAAUCUCGUUGGGCGAGCAUUUUGGGACUGACACUAUCCCCUUCGAAUUUUGCUAA